UGCAUGUACUGUACAUACAUGAUGUAUUGUGCACGUUCUAAGUAUGCAAAUGAUAUCCUUAUUAAUGAGCAGUUAAACUAUAUAAUAGCUUCUACUUAUCCUACACUGGGCAUGGAGCUGGAGUGAUAUAAUUGGGUAGCUGAAUGUACAAUACUUCCCCAUACUAUUUGCGCGUACAUAACCUUUCGCUACUCCGCCGCGGUUGGGUCUGCCGUCAUCGAAAAAGGCAAUCUCCACCGCGCCUCGACUCACUAUCCAGUACAACUACCUGUUGCCCCCCAUCUUCUACUUAAUAUUGCCGCGUCCUAGCCUUUCAAGUUUCAUUAAUACAAUGACCCUAGCGAUCUUGCUCUCAUUGUCACCAUGACGCUCGACUCCGCAUUGCUUUACCGACCCACUGAAUGCCUUGUCCUUCCAAACCACCGGAAAUUCUUCCCUAUCAAGAUCCCCAAUACACACCACCAACUACGCCACUAUAUUAGCACAGCUGAUCCGGAUCGAAUAUAUGUCGCCGUAGAAAGGCAGAUAUUUGCCCUUCACAUUUCUUCGAGGAAACGUGAGAAGAUUGCUGUCGUGCCGUUUGCGCCAAAAUGUCUGACCGCGGGUCUGGGUUGGAUUGCAAUUGGAGGCUCGGAGCAUGGGGAUUGUGCCUUCAUUAGGAUUGGCGAUCCGACUUCUGGGGCUCCACGUGCUAUGCUUCCUCUGCGAGCAGAUGUAGAUAGUCCCUUACCAGUUGAUCUAGAUCCUGCUCGGCCGCGAUUUCCACCGUCAAGCUCCAAUAUAAAAAUACAUGAAUUUGGUGGGAGCAUUGUCAAUUCUGUGACAAUCCAUCGCCUACCAGCUAUCAAUCAUACUUAUGCGGACGAAGAUGUCGCAGUUCUUAGUAACAAUGACACAACAGUGAGCAUUUAUUCUCUUACACGUUCGGAAAUGAUUCAAAGCAUCCGCCAUCCGAUAUGCAUGAACUACGCUAUAAUCUCACCGGAUUCGAACCUUCUCGCUGCGGUUGGUGAUGCCAAUCGUAUCUACUUCUACCGAAUUGAACCAUCACCUGAAAACCGAGUCCCUGUUCGACAUAGUGAUAAAAUGCUCAUGGGAUGGAACUGGCCGUUAAUCCGCUCUGUGGAACUAGACGCAGAUCCUCAGUAUGAUGACUGUUGUUGUUUCACAAUUGCAUUUUCCCCAGCUAGCCAUCUUUGUGCUGUUGGUUCCCAAGCCGGGAUCAUCACGGUCUUCGACAUCAAAAGCAUCCUGAACACGGAUCCCGAAGAUGCGGGUGGGAGAGAGGAUAUUGUCUGCGUGUUUCAGUCAUCCCGAUCCUAUUUUGAAGGCGGUGCAGUUCGGUCCAUGUCAUUCUCUCCUCGGCCCUGGGAUCUCCUUGUCUGGGUGGAAGAUUAUGGACGAGCCGGGGUAGCAGAUAUCCGCCAGGCAUUUUCCCGCCGCCAGAUUAUAUCUCUUGAUCUAGACGAACCAGGACUGCAAAUCGUGCGGACGCGCAUAGGCAGAGAUGAUCAGGAGUCGCCAUCAGAUUCAGACGAAGCUGAUCGCUUUCUUGAACAUGAGGGGCUGAACAACCUAGUGGAUAUCAUUGAAGAUGCUGCAGCGCAAAGGGAGCUGCAAAGCGGCGAUUCAGAAAAUGAAUUAUCACGUGAAGAGUUGUUACGGGAAAUGGGCUAUAGAGAAAGACAUAUUGUCGAUUCCGUGAAUGCCUCUGAAUGGGACGACGGAGUAUUAUCUUCACGGAUUCCAAGACUCCUGAGCCCCGAGUCGCUCAUGGAAGCACACACUGGGAACCGCUCUCCUCGCGUGUCCUCUCCGGGACUUGCUGAUGGGAUUUUACGCGCUGAUUAUGGUGGAGAUCGCCACCUAGAGCGGGUACGAGCAACAGUUCAACCGCCACCACCACCACCACGCCCCCCAGCUUCGAUCACACAACCACACAACGAGCGGCUAACUCCUGCAUUGCUGCCCGCCCAUGGAGGCAACCCGGCAGCUAUCACAUUAAGGUGGACGCAGUCGCCGACACUUAUACAUCCCCCAGAUCACCCUUCCGAUGCCGACGGCUCAAAUGCCGCUGGCCGAAGCGGCACAGCACAAUCCACUGACAGCGAACAGCCAAAUGGUAAUGGAAGCGCAAAUGGCCUCACAAGCAGUCGGCAACUGCCCCGCACACGAGUACUAUUUAACCGUUCGCCCGACGCUCCAGCCGCACCCCUAGCCAUCCAAGCCCAACAAAUGCGCCUGCACCGCACGAGGUCCAUCCCACGAAGAGCAGACCGCAUAGACCCCACUGUAGAACGGCAAGAGACCCAAACGGGGAUCUCAACCCACGAGGAGCGGACCCGGUUACGACGACAGGCGGCGGUUGAGGAAAAUCGGCGGACGGGGACGGGUGCAACGCUAGGUCAAUAUCGUCGUCGCAUGGAAGUAGGCCAGCUUCGGACACCUCGUUGGGUUCGCACAGCGCUUGCUGAUGGUGGGAGUUUUGAGUCGACCAGUCGCGAGCGGGCGCGGGGACUAGGGACUGCAGGGAUUGGAUGGGGUGCCGAUGGGCGGACCUUGUUCAUCGGAACUGUGCAGGGAAUCUUCCAGUUCGAGCUCAACGUCCAAGAUCGAAAAACGUUUCCUGGAUUUUCAUGCAGAUGAAGAAAUAAAUUUCAAAAUCAAAAUGCAAGGAUAAACAACCAUGCCAUAGGAACGAAGCAGUUCCAACCUUGCCUACCCAAGCGAGUGUCAAACACUUCAUUCUAUCGAUGUUGCCCACCUGCUACUCCCCGCGCUCGUCCCUUCCCUCCAAACAUCUUCGUUUAUUAUCAUUUUCCACGCGAUAUUUUUGAGUCGACCAUUGAGAAGAAGCGCAAAUAUCAAUCAAUUACGAAGCACGAUCCCUAUUACUCACCACGGAUGACGAAAUUCUAUCUAUUUUGCUAAAAUACCAACAGUGACUAUAUGACCCCUCGCAUAUGAUUUUCCCUUGUAAAUAAACGGUUUGUUUGCUGAGCAUCAUUGUCCCCUGUAGUUUCUGUUGUUCUGAUGAAUAUAGCAGAACCUUGUCCCUCCUAUUCCUUUCCCACUUUUUGUUUUCUGUACGUUCUAUCUUUCAUUCUUCUUUUUUUCUCUCUUUUCUGGAGUGAAGCGAGCGGGAUCGGAUAUAGCGUCAAUUAUGUAACCCCAAACUAACACAAUGGUAGGGCUUGGAGGUUGGGCGUCUUUUCAGCCUUCCAUGAUUUAUUUUUAUUUAUUUUCGAUUUUUUGUUUGUAUGCCUUUGGUUCUUUUGCGUGGUCUAGUUUUUCUCAUUUUCUUUUGCUCGUUUCUUUACUUGACUAACAAGCAGCUAACGCAUCUAUUCAAUGAAUUUCGAAAUUCCCUUUUUUCUUUGGUAUUGUCUUUACUUUCCUUCUCCUUCCUUCUUCUUUUAUUUUUCGUUUCUUUGUAAAUUGAUAAUUUGAAUGUAUAUAUAUCACUUGAGAGUUUGUUUGAGCCAUCAGCCAACAAGCACACAAAAACCAGUGCGAAACAACAAACUUUCUUUUUUGUCCUUGUCAUUUAAAUUCCUGGGUAAUCCCAGUUCUUACUGUUACCUUUAUUUCUGUUAAUUCUGGUUUUUUUAUCUUGGAUUCCGCUUUUCUUCUUCCCUUCAUAUUGUGGUGGUUGGGUUUGUAUCUAUUAUCACUCUCAAAAUAUGGGUUUUCGCUUUUCAUUUCUCUUUUAAAAUUGUACUUGUCAUUCUUUUCUUUGUUAAACAACUUGACAUAUCUAUGUAUGUUCAAUUGACUGUUUGGCUAUGCUGAUACUUCCCUCGUAAUAUAAUGCGCUGAAAUGAAGACCUGGAAUCAUGGUCUUCGAACCGCAACCUAUUAAUUAUUCAUGAUUCCAGUACCGCCAUGUUCGAGGUGAGGUCUGAAAUUACCAUUUCGGGCACCCGCUUAAUUUUAGUCAACUAACUUAGUUAAACGCGCGCCAAUUAGUUCGCUAGAAGCCAAGUGAUUCGGAUAUUCCCCUUAUAAUUCCAGAGACAUGUUAUUACUUACCUCAACGUCAA